AAGAAAAAUUUUAAAAUAUUUUAGGAAAUCGAUUAUGAUUUACUCUAUUUGGUGCUUGUUAAUCCUAAUCAACUACAAUGUUGUGCGAGGUUGCGAAAUCAACACGAUGUUCAAUGGUAGCCUUGAAAAAAAAGAGAUAAAUGGCAAUGAUCUAUUCUUAAUUUCUAUACAUGAUGCUGGAUCCAUGCAUAAGGAUUGCAUUACCUUUAAAAGUUGCAAUGGAACACUAUUUCUUUAUCAUGCGAUGAAUGAUGGAUUUAGUUUUGUCAACCCUUUGAUCGUACUUUUAAAUUCCACUGCUACGUAUAAAAAGUAUAGACUUAACAACAAAGGAACUAACACAAUUAUAAAAGGACAGCGUAUAGGCAACGAUCAACGUUAUACUAUGCUACAUUGGCGUAACUAUUAGAAAAUUAUUUCCUUAGCGAAAAAGAAUAACAAAUUCUACAUUUUAUCAAAAUUUUAAUUAUCAUGCUUUAAAAAGGGAAGAUUUUUAAUUACAGAAAAUCUUUAUUUUAAUAUUAUUUAUAUAUAUGAUGCAGUUUCUUAAAACUGAAAAGA